GUAGUCAGAAUGACAGAGCACAGCCAGAAGCAGAGAAGAGAGAAGCCAAGCCGCCCACACUAAGGAGAGCAGAGGACUACUCACAGGACAUGGCCUCUGAGACCUACAUGCCAGGCCCUCUGUGCCUCAUUGAAAAUGUGAAAGGACAGCUGAAGGUGAAUCAGGAAGCUCUGGAGAUCCUGUCGGCCAUCUCCCAGCCCGUCGUGGUCGUGGCCAUCGUGGGCCUGUACCGCACAGGCAAAUCCUACCUGAUGAACAAGCUGGCUGGGAAGAAAAAGGGCUUCUCUUUGGGGGCCACAGUGCAGUCUCACACCAAAGGAGUCUGGAUGUGGUGCGUGCCUCACCCCAAGGACUCGAAGCGUGCGCUAGUCCUGCUGGACACCGAGGGCCUGGGAGAUGUUGAGAAAGGUGACAAUCAGAAAGACUCCUCGAUCUUCGCCCUAGCGAUUCUGCUGAGUAGCACCUUUGUGUAUAACAGCAUGGGAGCCAUCAGCCAGCAGGCCAUGGACCAACUGCACUAUGUGACUGAACUGACAGAUCAAAUCAGAGCAAAAUCCUCACCCAACACUAGUGAAGUAGAAGAUUCACCUGACUUUGUGAGCUUCUUCCCAGACUUUGUGUGGACCCUGAGAGAUUUCUCCCUGGUAUUAGAAAUAGAUGGAGAGUCCAUCUCUCCAGAUGCCUACCUGGAGAAUUCCCUGAAGCUAAUGCAAGGUACUGGUGAGAAAGUUAAAAAUUAUAAUCUCCCCCGACUCUGCAUCCGCAAGUUCUUCCCAAAGAAGAAAUGCUUUGUCUUCGAUAGAUCCGCUCAUCGAAAGAAGCUGGCCCAGCUGGAGACACUGCAUGAGGAUGAGCUGGACCCGAAAUUCAUGGAACAAGUUGCAGAAUUCUGCUCUUACAUCUUCAGUUCUUCCAGGACUAAAACUCUACUGGGAGGCAUCCAGGUCAACGGACCUCGUCUAGAGACCCUGGUGCAGACCUACGUCAGUGCCAUCAGCAGUGGGGAUCUGCCCUGCAUGGAGAAUGCAGUCCUGGCCCUGGCCCAGAUAGAGAACACAGCUGCAGUGCAGAAGGCCUUGGCGCACUAUGACCAGCAGAUGGGCCAGAAGGUGCAGCUGCCCACAGACACCCUGCAGGAGCUGCUAGACCUGCACAGGGCCUGUGAGAGGGAGGCCAUCAAGAUCUUCAUGAAGCAUUCCUUCAAAGAUGUUGAGCACGUGUUUCAAAAGUCAUUGACCACCCAGCUAGAAGAGAAGUGUGAUAACUUCUGUAAACAGAAUAAGCAAGCAUCAUCAGACCAUUGCUCAGCUUUACUGAAGCGUAUUUUCAGUCCCCUAGAAGAAGAAGUGAAGCAAGGAAUUUACUCAAAACCAGGGGGCUACCGUCUCUUUCUUCAGAAGGUAAAAGACCUGAAGAAAAAGUACUAUGACGAACCCAAGAAGGGGACACAGGCUAAUGAGGUUCUACAAAAAUACAUGGAGUCAAAGAAAGACAUGACUAAUGCCAUUCUUCGGACAAAUCAGAUUCUCUCAAAGAAAGAAAAGGAGAUUGAAGUGCAACGUGUGAAAGCCAAAUCUGCAGAGGCUGCCUCAAAAAUGCUGGAGGAAAUGCAAAGGAAGACUCAGAAGACGUUGGAGCAGAAAGAGAAGCAUCAUCAGGAGCAUGUCAGACAGUUGAACAUGAAGAUGCAGCAGGACAGGGUGCAGAUGCUCAAAGAGCACCAGGUGACUCUGGCUCUCAAACUCCAGGCACAAGACAAGCUGUUAAAGGAAGGACUCCAAAAUGAGAGCAAAAAACUUCAUAAGGAGAUAAAUGACAUCAAAGACAAAAUGAAAAAAAAAAAAAAAAGUCCAUAGUGGAUGUGUCAUACUCUAAAGGCCAAAUGAAACCAGCUUGCCAGUCACCCUUACCUAUUCAGUGCACAAAUAAAACAUCUUUAGAUUUGGAACAAGCAUCCCUUCAGUUAAUGCUACUUAAGUCUUAUAACCACAAAGCCUGCAAAAAUGUGGAAUACAAUGCUUGAAGUCAGCUUCAUCUUCCUUAAAUGAAAUAAGUUUUACACCAAGAUUGAUUUUACCUCUUUAGUAUUUUGAAAAAUAUGAGGCUUCAAUGUGCUAUUUUUAUAUGUGCAUUAGCUUGUUUUCAUAGUUCAAGACCUGCAUUAUUCUUGAUUACACCUCACUCAUCAUCUUAUGUGCUCCUUCCAUUAUCUUAAAAGAGUGACUGUAAGUGUGAUGUUGUCUUUCCAAAUGUGCACCUCCUUCUCCUGGACAUUUGCUUGUCCCUGUCCUCUGGCUGAGCCUGAAAGUCUUGUUGGUCCACCAAAGUAGGAGUAGAAGAGAUGUAUGCACAUCCAAGCAGGAGACUUUAAGGGCUUUUUCUCUUAAGAUGGGCAGGAAUUUGAGUAGAAAUUAUUGUGGGUAGUCUUUCAAAAUCCUAAUUUUUGAUUCUUUUGUGUAAAUGUAAAGAAGUUGGAUAGGUGAAUCAUGCAGUCCUUCUCUUUAAAGUUUUUCAAAAGGACCUUCAUGUUUUUCCAGAGAAGCUAUACAGUUUGACAUUCUGAACAGCAGUGCACAAAGGUUUCAGUUUCUACUAUAUCCUUGUAUUUUUACUUUGUUUUUUAAAUCAUAAUCCAGUUGAAUGAGAUGCUAUGGCAUUUUUAUAAUUUGAAUUUCCUUGAUUAUGAUACAUAAAGUUAAUAUU